AUGCCUCAAAAAAGAACACAUACUCAUGCUACUCGAGCAUGUGAAUCUUGUAAAGAGAAGCAUGAAAAAUGUGAAAGACUUUCUGAGAAAACUCCACACCCUUACUACUACUCCGAAAUUAACUUUUAUGAAACUACAACAACUGAAGAAUUCCCGACUACUUCUAUUGAUAAAUGA